AUGGAGGAGUUCGACGAAGCUGAUGUAUUGUGGCCCGACGAUGCUCGUGGAGCAGAUGAGCUCGCUGAGCAGCAGCAUGCCAGGCGGGGAUCACGACAGAAGGCGUCCAGCCCCGUCGAGAUCCCUUCAAGACCUCGAGCUGCUCAUCGUACGAUCCGUGACGGUAGAGAUGACGCCAAAAGUAGCAGCGGUGAUGGUGAUGAUGAUGGCAGCGGUGACCACAGAGUUCCGCCGCACAUCAUCGUGGCCCGGAGGAAGACGACCUUCUCGGUGUGCGUCGGCGACGGCAGGACGCUCAAGGGACGGGAGCUUUGCCAUGUCAGGAACUCGAUCCUCCGGAUGACCGGAUUCCUGGAGAGAUGA